AUGACGGGUGCAUAUAAGCUAGAAUUUGCUGAUCCAGCAGCCAUAGUGCAAGCUCAUCAAAAGGAUCAACAAGUAGAAAGUUUACUCAAUGUCAAGCUUGAAGAAGUCAUCAAGGGCUUCAAGGGCCAGUAUUUUGCUAACUCUUACGGGAGAGAAAUAGGGAUUAGCGCUAAACUGUUGUAUUUAGCGCUCACUACGCUUCGUGGGAAGAAAUCAUUCGGUGAAGAGUAUGUGGAUUUGAUUCAUGUCAAUAGGCGUGGGAGCCAUACUGUAGAAUUUAAGCGGCGGCUUCUGUUCAUUUUAUCGUACACAUUAGUUCCAUAUGCGCUUUCUAAACUAUUCACAGCUCUCUCCAAAUAUUAUGAUGCGACGGAUACCGAAGCUGACGAGGAAGCAACAGAUGAGUAUCGUGCGAAUAAGAUUGAAAAAGAGGGCAAAUUUCUGAGAAAUCGAACCCAAUCAUUCAUUCAAAUGGCUAUGAAGGAACAGAUUCCUCAGAAAAUUUUGGACUCGUUGGUGGAUUUAAAUCUAAUGCUGUUUUACUUCAAGGGUUCAUUCUACGAUAUUUCUAAACGAGUCUUCGGACUGCGAUAUUCCGUUUGCCACCAAGUAGACGAAGCAGAGGUGAACUAUAGAAAGUCAAGCUUCAGAACUUAUAGAGUACUAGGGUUUUUUUUUCUGAUUCAGACAUUGUCCAGAAGUUUACCCCCACUCCUGCGAUGGUUAUCUAAAAACGGCGGCAAGGCCACACAAAAAUCCGGGACAGAUUGGCAGGCUGCCAAACCCUUAUUACUGAUGGAGACACUCACUAAUGAUCAAGUCGGUCACAUUUCAUUAAAGAAUCCUCAGGAGUUGCAGUUCAUGAAAGAUGAAUCAAGAAAAUGUAUUCUAUGUUUGGAGUGGAUGAAAGAUCCAAGCUGUGCACCAUGUGGACAUGUCUUUUGUUGGUCGUGUAUUUUGAACUGGUGCAAAGAGAGGUCUGAGUGCCCGCUGUGCCGCCAGAGGUGCCCGGCCAACAGCAUUUUACCUAUACGAUAG